AUGGGCUGGUUUAGCUUCAAAUUUUGGUUUUGUUUUCGUCUUAUACUUGCAUCUAUUGCUCAUUUUAACUGGUUAACAGCAAUUUAUGUCAAUUGUAUUUUCUUUACUUUAUGGAAAUCCUAUGAUAUUUUUUGGUUUUGGUUCCAUUUAUUUUUGUGUAUUUGCUUCCCAGCUUUGAGGCCUGAAAAUUAUUUAAUUGUAUUUAUUCGCUUAAUUCGGGCAAAAUAUGGAGAAUAUUCCGACAAAUCUUUUAAAGAAAUUUAUGAACAAUUUUAUAAAUAUGAAGGGAAGACCAAGGCUGAAGUUGAAUUGAAACGAGUUGAGACUUUAAGAAGGGAAAAAAGAGAAAGCAGAAGAGCUGGAAAUAAAAAGGCGGACGAUUCUUCCUCUAGUGAAGAAGAAGGAAAUAUUGAAACUGGAAGACCUACAUUAUACCCUAAAUUGCUUGAAAAUGAAGAACAGGCUAUGCCAAAUAUUCGCUUAGAUCGUCAAAAAGCAGGAAAGAGUAAACAAGACCAAUUAGAAGUUUUGAUCACUCAUCGAGAGCCUCCAACAGCUGAACGAACUGGACUGAAAAAAUUAAUCCCUUCAUUUUUAACCAAAAAAAGUGAUUCACAAAAGCGGACAGAGAAAAUUGAAGAAGCAAAACGUCUUCAAGAACGGGACAAAGAAAAGUCUGAAAAAUUGUUAGCCAAGCAAGAACGAAAAGAGAAAAAACGAGCAGAGCUGGCUUUGCUAAGGGAAAAGGCAAAAAUUGAGAGAAGGUUUUAA